AUGAAUAAUCCCCGGCGAAGGCGGCGCGGUGCCGGAGGGGUUUGUGCCGCGGCUGCAGCCCGGAGGCCGGAGGGAGGGGAAAGAGGAGAAAGCAGUUUACAGAAACAGAGGGAGAGAGGACUAGAUUAUGAAUAUGACUUCAUUGAUGACAGCCAUCCCCUCCUCUUCCUAAACUCCGGCUCCGCCCCGCGUCCCACCCUCACCGCCUCCACCGGCGCCGGAAGGCGCGCCGCAGUUGGCCCCGUGCGCCGCUCUUCCCCGCCCGCCUGGGCGCGGGUUGGCGGGACGCGCCUGUCACUCGCCCCGCUCAGCGACUCCCGAAGCUCGGAGGGGAGGAGGGGGCGGUGUGCAAGAAUGUGGAUCGAGACAGCUCUACUGUAUGCGUGGAUCCGUGUGUGUCUGCAAGGCGCCGAGUCUCUGGCCGUGUUUGUGCGUGGAACAGAGAAACUGCGCAGGACGCAGAAAGCCCGGCGACCUGAUGGAGUUGGGCGCCCGUUAUCCCUUCCCGGCUGUCUUCCAGGGCCGCUGCUGGGCUCCUCUCGGGAGGCUGGGAAGCGGAGGAGGCAAAGCGAAAGGGAGGGCAGCCGUAAUGAUCAGAUGAAACGCAAGCCAGCUGAGGAGAGGAAAUUUGCAGUAGAAACCUCAAAAAUUGUUAUCCAGCAGACAUGUUCUUCUUUGACCUCUCAGACGAGAGGCACCAAGACCAUUCUACAUAAGGAACAUAUGAUCAAGCAGGAGAUUAGCAUUCGCCCACUUACCACCAGGGGACAAUAUCAGGCUGUAAUUAUUGUGCAAGGCGGCUAUGAAACGCUGGGUUGGGUGAUGGCAGACCCAAAAAGAGCCGGCUGUGUCGCUUUCUCCCUUUGUCUCAUAACCGCGUCCACCAAUAAGAAUGCUAAUUCACCAGCUGCCCACCUUAACAGAUUCAAGAACAAGGGGAAAGACAGUCCAGGAAUGAGGCGGCACCGAAUAGAAGUUAAUGUGGAGCUCAGGAAAGCUAAGAAGAGUGACCAGAUGCUGAAAAGGAGAAAUGUCAGCUCUUUUCCAGAUGAUGCUGCUUCUCCACUGCAGGAAAACCGCAACAACCAGGGCACUGUAAAUUGGUCUGUUGAUGACAUUGUCAAAGGCACAAAUAGCAACAAUUUGCAAAGCCAGCUCCAAGGUACAAAAGCUGCUAGGAAACUGCUUUCCAGGGAGAAACAGCCCCCUAUAGACAGCAUAAUCCGGGCUGGUUUGAUUCCAAAAUUUACGUCCUUCUUGGGCAGAACUGAUUGUAGUCCCAUUCAGUUUGAAUCUGCUUGGGUCCUCACUUACAUUGCUUCCGGGACAUCAGAACAGACCAAGGCUGUGGUAGAUGGAGGUGCUAUCCCAGCAUUCAUUUCUCUGUUGGCAUCUCCCCACACUCACAUCAGUGAACAAGCUGUAUGGGCUCUAGGAAACAUUGCAGGUGAUGGCUCGGUUUUCCGAGACUUGGUUAUCAAGUACGGUGCAGUUGACCCGCUGUUGGCACUUUUGGCGGCUCCUGAUUUGUCAUCUUUAGCAUGAGCUUACUUACAUAAUCUUACCCGGACACUUUCAAAUCUUUGUCGCAACAAGAAUCCUGCACCCCCCUUAGAUGCUGUUGAGCAAAUUCUUCCUACUUUAGUUCGUCUCCUGCAUCACGAUGAUCCAGAAGGUUUAGCUGAUACCUGCUGGGCUAUUUCCUACCUUACUGAUGGUCCAAAUGAACGGAUUGAAAUGGUUGUGAAAACGGGGGUUGUCCCUCAACUGGUGAAGCUUUUAGGAGCUACUGAAUUGCCAAUUGUGACUCCCGUGCUAAGAGCCACAAGGAAUAUUGUCACUGGGACAGAUGAACAGACUCAGGUUGUAAUAGAUGCAGGAGUACUUGCCAUCUUUCCCAGCCUGCGAACAAACUCCAAAACUAACACUCAGAAGGAAGCUACGUGGACGAUGUCAAACAUCACGGCUGGCUGCCAGGACCAGAUACAGCAAGUUGUACAUCAUGGAUUAGUCCCGUUCCUUGUUGGCGUUCUCUCUAAGGCAGACUUUAAGACACAAAAGGAAGCUGUAUGGGCUGUGACCAACUACACAAGUGGCGGAACAGUUGAGCAGAUCGUAUACCUUGUUCAUUGUGGUAUAAUAGAGCCGUUGAUGAACCUCCUAACUGCGAAAGACACCAAAAUUAUUCUGGUUACUCUGGACGCCAUCUCAAAUAUCUUUCACGCUGCUGAGAAACUAGGGGAAACUGAGAAACUUAGUAUAAGGAUUGAAGAAUGUGGAGGUUUGGACAAAACUGAAGCUCUACAAAACCAUGAACAUGAGUCUGUGUACAAAGCUUCAUUGAACUUGAUUGAGAAGUGUUUCUCUGUGGAGGAAGAGGCAGAUCAAAAUGUUGUUCCAGAAACUACCUCUGAAGGGUAUACGUUCCAAGUUCAGGAUGGCACUGCUGGGACCUUCAGCUUUUAGACUGUACAUCUGAGGCAUAAAGUUGUUUG